AUGCUUUUUAAACAAAUUUUCUUUGCCAAUUACCUGCACCGUUCUGAUUUUUUAUUUCGUUUCUCAUCUCCGUGUCACAGUUCGAGUGAAUCUGAUCACGUGUCGGCGACCACGGAUUCCGAGGAGCCCUCAGUCACCAGUUCGACCGUGACCGACGACAUGCAAAAACAACCGAUAAUCCUGGCACCAAUCUCCCGUCCUCGACACUUCCUUUCAGCCCCCGCGAGGCGGAAGGAACCUCGAGUUCGUGCACGUAUUCCCUCUCCACGAACUGAUCCUCAACGCUCCGUCUCUCCGAACUCGUUGAAUUCACUGCCCUCCAAAUUCAGUGUGGUCCCGUCGAACGAAUCACACCCGAGGCCGUUGAACUCCACACAACAACAACAACCAGAUUGGUCCCCGGCGGUCCUCGAUUCCCUACCGUCUGUGCAUACGGGGUCGGGAACUAGUUCCGUAUUCUCUUCACCCGCACACCAAUCCUCAAUAGCCCAAUCCCGACUGGCUGCGAAACAGAAAUUUUGCCUCGAACCACCCAAACCGUUCACGAUCGAUCCGAAGCAGUUUGUCAGUUCACGUAAUCGGGAUCGUUGUGUCUCGGCCGAACUGUCCGACUGUUCAGAACAGUUGGAAUCGAUCAGUGAUCCGGACGUGCGACAAGCUUCCGUGGACGCGGUCGAGUCGCACACAAACACAGCAGUCACUGCUCGGCCGGAUAUUAUUGAGAUCUUUGAUGAUGCAUAUCCGCGGACUACAAACGGUUAUCAACCAGAUGGGGCCAGAAGUGAUCCGCCUGUUCGAUCCGUAUCUAAAGUUCCGAUUGAUGAUGAUGAUCCGCAGAACCACACAGACGAGUAUGUGCCUGACUGGCAAGAACGCAAACCUGGACGUCCCGGGCAGAAUGUUGUACCCGUGGCUCCGUUUGCCGCGCUCGACGAAUUCCCCGAUAUAGACUCUAUGUCUACACUCACCGAACGUUCAUCCACUGAGCAUCGAACAGAUUCCGAUCACCGACCCAUGGUUGUUAGAGAUCAGUCAGUACCGAUCGAAUUGCCCCCAAUCAUUGUGUCUGUUGUGCCUCCUCAUCCGCCACCGCCACCGCCUCGAAUUUCAGCUUCAAAUGUUACAGGAGACUACGACAAUGUGACAACUCCGUCCCGACAAACAGUAGUCCCUGCACCCAGCAUCCCAUGUCAUCGGAUAUCUGUAAAACCAAAACACGCUUUAUCCUCUGUUCCUUCUACCGAUUCCCAGGGUCGUCGCGUACACAGUGAAACUCGUCUUGCCCCGGCACGUUUCCCUGGCCGAGUUCGAUCUCGAGCCCAUAGUGCCAAAUCGAAUAUGACGGAAUCGGAUACGAGUGAAGAAACCAGUAGCGCAGAUUUGGACUCAGUUCUUAGCAUCCGUCCUUUGCCUGGUGCAUUUGCUCGAAUCACACCAAGGUCCGUACCUGACGUGAAUGUUCGUUUGAGCUCAUCGGUUGGUCAGGAAUCCCGUCCACCGAUUCCGAAUUCCCCGUCUACAUUCCGUUUGCGAUGUGCAGAUCGGAACAGACGAACUAUGGAACUCAAUCGGGAACUGGAGUCGUUAGAGAACACAAUGUGGCAACUGGAACAAGCCGGAGUGCAGGCAGAACGUGAACUAUAUUCAAUCGGUCCACGUCGGCACGGUGCCCCCGGUUCCCAUGCAACACCACCGUCAUCACCACUCGUGCAUGCUCAACUAUCCGCUCCUCACUCACAAUCUAGUCAAGAUAGACGUAUGCGGGCCCGUGCACGGACCUUGAAUUAUCAUGUGAGCCAUGUUGGUCUAUCACCAGGUGGCACAUCAUCUCAACACAGCCAAACUCAUCACCAUGGUGUAUCAGAACGCCGCUAUUUGUUACUAAAACGCCUGGCGUCUUUGCUUGCCACUAAAUCCAUGUUGCUUGAAUAUGCGUCCACAUUGACCGAGCGUCGGGAACAGCUACGACUUGCCAAUGAGCAAGAGGAACAGGUGGAUGAAGACCGGAACCGCUGUCUCUCAGAUCUCCUAUCCGAUCCGAGUUCGGUAUCCCGGUUGACUCGUUGUCUUAGUGAUCCCAGUCUGAGUCAGGUACAACUCAAUCAUCUGGCUGAGUUACAAGCUUCAAGUCAACCAGCGGAGACAGUUUCUCCAACUGAGGAGGGAUUCAGGUCAUCCGGUCUUGUUCACUGUGAACCCCCCGCUCGCGACUUACCGGUCGAUCACGUGACCGGAGAGUCUUGA